CGUAAAAGGCGGAGUUACAGCGGUCAUUCAGCGGUCGAUGAUGUCAUAACAGCAGACGAACAAACGAGUCAUUUUACAGUGGCUUUCAGUUGGUUGCGACAAGUCGCGGAAAACGCUGCACUCUACUUCGGCUUAGCGCCAUGGACGAGACAGAUCUACAAGGCAACGUCAAUUCGCUCGAAAAAAAUCAAAAGAGAAAACGCAUUCUGGAUGAUAAAGGUAACACUAUCGAAUCUCCCUUGUUAAUUUUGCUGUAUUUGUAUUAAUCAAAGUCAGGUCGGGUUGCACGCGGUCAAAACUCGCGCUGUUUGUGUUUUCGUCGCUAGCUUGAGUCGCAGCCGACCCGAUCGAUGAGCGAAAUUUAUUGAAAUUUUCAGUCAAAUAGCGGUCAUAUGCUCUGAAUGCGUCUCAUUUCACUUGAGUUUGCAGUCAGAGCCGUUAGCGAGUUUAUUGGCGGCAGUGACCGGUUGCCUAUCAUGUCAUGAACAAAGACAAAAUAUACGGAACGUUUAAAGCUAAAAUCAUGUGACGAUAAUGACGGUGUUUUGUACCUCAUGUGAUUGCAUUGACUAGAAAUUAAUUGCGAUCUUUAUUGUACUUUUCCACACUCUCACGAUCUCAAAACGUUAGAAAGCGCAAAAUCUCUAAAAAUGUUUUGCGGUGUCCUUUCUGCAUCAAAAAUUGCAAUUUUGUCCCGUUGUGGUACCUAGUUGUAACCAGCAGACAUUAAGGACCAAUUGCUUUUUUCGGUGCAGUAAGUAGCUUUGAAAUGCAGACUAUUCUUUAGUAUUAUUCUUAACUCGAAAACGCAAAACUGCGACCCAAAAUCUAAUUCGAUUUUUGUAAAACAACUGCGUAUGGUCACCUUAGGAAAUCGGUGUUGACAAAAAUAGUUCGAGGUAUCAUUAGCAUCAGUUUCCGGCUUCAAAUGGAUGAAAAUGUCAACAUCGAGCCGGUUAAUUAUAUGAGCUAUUUCUUCUCCCAAUAAACAGCGUUGAUUUAGACUGAACUGUAAAACCUGAAAAUUAACUGAAAAAAAGGAGAACAGCAGUAGACGUGUUACGGAUGUCCUCAGCCGACUAAACUAUAUUGAAUUUUUAAGAUAUAGCACAACACCUUAUUUUGGUGACUGACAUAAUAAGAGUAUUCUGUUUUCCUUGUAUGGUCGGGUAAAACAGUUUUGGUUUUUAUCGCAGAACCAAAUGUUUUUAACACCUUACUUUUCUUCUGCAGCUGUCUCCAAAAAAUAUUUUUGUCAUCAAGAUGUUUUGCCGUCGACUUUCGUUUACGUUUCAAAAAUUUACUAUAUCUCGCUCUCUAUAUGGAAUGCAAACAUCAAAUGUUACCAGAAAAAAACCAAGCGGACAAUUUUUUUAGAACACCCCGCUAAAUUUCGAGCUUAACAGGGAAAGUGUUGCAUUCGAAGAGGUUACUCGCCGGUAGAGAAAUUACCGGUUGUUUUUCUUUUUGUUGAUAUAUUUUUCGGAUGACUGAAAAGGUAUAUUUAGAUCAGUUCACACUCUUCCUGUUUCUAUUAUUGCGACUGAGCAACGCUUGCGUCGUGCGCGGAGUCCGACUUUGUUUGCUUUGUGAUUUAGAAAACAAAAAUGCUGUCAAACUCUGCCAGAAAAUUGCUUUUUCAUCCAACAACGUUGGUCAAAAUAGAAGGCCAGCUCAAAAAUCUGAGGUUGUCUAAGUUACAUCCCACGCAACCCAUUCCUAACUGAGUCGAAAACGACAACAACCAACAGCGUACAACCGGGAAAAAUUGGAAAGGUCAUUGUAAGAAAGUAAUUAUGAUAGUAAAGAGCCUUUUUUAUCUGAUAUUUAAGAAAAGUAACAUGGACCAUAACCAAGCGGUGAGCAAUAUGUGAAUUGUUUAAAGGAGAAAGUAAUAUCUAAUACCUCCAAUCUAGAAGUAACUUUUUUGGCCAUGAUCUGAAAUGCCGCUAAAUAAAGCUGCUUGAUAAGGUUGAACGGGUUAAAGCGGAACAAGAUGACGCAACUGAAACAAAUGUUGUUCCGUUUUGUUCGCUCUGCAUUCUGUGUUCCUUUUCAGUCCUACUGAAACACUUCAACAAAAAUUCGUUACCUCUUUAAAGUAAAAGGAGUUUUGCCGUGAAUUUGGUAAAUAAUCGUAUUACAGAACGAGCCGUUUCUCCUUAUUGUUUUGCUGUUUGUGCCCUUCGUGUGAUAAAUUGAAUUAACACUAAUUCUUUGACACCGUGAAAAAGAAAAGGAAAUAGCGAUAAAACUUAAACAAGGAAAUUUGUUCGUCAUAGGAAUGAUUUAAAGCAGGAGAUUAUUUUUAAAACGAUCGCAGUGUUAUUCAACGCAAGUACAUCAUGAGCCAUUUGAAUAUGAGGGUUGGUUUGGAAAAAGAGUUGUUUUAAUCCCCCUUUCAGUUUCAUUGUUUGUGAUAUAACCUCAGAAGUAAUACCUUCACGAAAGCAAAUUUAAGUAAAGUUCAUAAGGUUAGAUUUGUUCCUGUUGAAAACCAUUUCAGUUUCGAAUCUACGAUAAUAUUUUUACCUCCUAAUCAUGCAAGUUGAAUUAGUAGAAAAUGAUCUGAAAGGUCACCUUUAGCUAUAUUUUCUACAGUAGUUAUUUCAUCUCGUUGUAAUACCAAAACCUUAUAACUUUUAUUCGACAAAUAGUUCGAUUUAUCCAAAAUAAAUACAUCAUGUAUUCGUUGUAGAUUUUAUUUCCUCUCUACGUCAAAAGAUAUAGUUUUGCUUUCUUUCAGUUGAAGUCCUUGAUUGAUAUUGGUCGGAUCAAAUGUCUCCAUUAGCUAUUUUCCCCGCACAGAUGUUCGCAGAUAGAUUAAAACUAAAAAUUCUAGCGAAAUUUCUACUCCAAAACAUCUUUUUCAAAACAAUAAUGUGACAGCGUGCGAUUGAGAUAUAUUCUAGAUCCUUUCGAAGUGAUUCUUUUGCAAGAGGGUUACUGAUCUCCAUUUAUUUAGCUUACAGAAAGCUUCAAGGGUCCCCAGUUUUUUUUGUUUUUUUUUGAGUGAUUUUAAGCACUUAACCAAGCGGCUCCUAUCUCUCUAACGCCAAAUCUCUUUAUUACGUCCAUUAACUCCUGCACGAAACGUUUGCAACGCGUAUCAAGGAUAAAAGUGCACUUGCCACGGCCACCUUGUACAAGCGAGAUUAGCCUCGAGCACUUUGUACACACAGGCGCUCCUUUCUGUCUCUGUACUGCCAUCAAGCUUAGGCGUGGCCUUUGUUAGCAGCAACGCACCUUUUUUUAUUUCUGCAUGUAAAACAAGAAAUACAAAAACGCAGCAAAUUUCCUUUGCUAAUUCGUUGAAAUCGUGACUGAUUGCUGCCUUCCGAGCUUCGCAGCAGUUCGAGGUAGGUGAUUUUAAUGUGGAUAUUCCGAGAAAGUUCGAAUUUGGACGAUAGGAAGUAGCCCAUCGCACACCGAGGUUUUUGACUGUAAUGAAAAAUUCUGUGGCGUUUUGAAAUUAGGAUUUUUCCGCAGAAUCUUAAUACUUCAUAGUAUGGUAACGAGAAACUAUAUUUCAGUAAAACUUCCUUGUCUCCAUCACUUUGCAAUCAAUUACUUUAAUCUAAUGGAGAUGUUGCCAGCUUUUCGGCGCAUUAUCAUGUUCGUACAUUAGAAAAUGAAUAUGCUCUUAACAUGCCAAAGGUGUUUAUACCUGUUAACAAAAUUGAUCGAAAAGGACAGUUAAACAGUGACAAUGCUUCUGAUUUGUAAUGUUGUGAUAAUGACACAAUUUGCAUAAGCAGAGGAAAAAAUUGAAAAGUUUUAGACAAUAAAGAGUUAAACAGCACCGAACUUUAAUAUCCAUCUCUUUGAUUUUUAUUGAUGGCUACUGUAAUGGCAUUGAAACAAUUCAUAUUGAAGGAAAAAAAAAACUAUGAGAAGGCGAGGAGAGGCAAAAAGUACCCAUGGCAAAUGAGCUUAAAUCUCCUUGUCUGCUAGACAUUUUCUGUAGUCUAAAUGACACCUUUGUAGGCGCAAAAGAGGAACCUUUUAUUUCCCAGAGAUAAACACUAGUUUGGAAUGACUACUUGCCUCAAAAUUUUGUUUUGAUUCAAAUUGUAACUUUUUUGUUUGACUUCCCGUAUUACGCACCACUUACCAAGGCACGCGGUAAAACUCUUUUCAAAACUGCAGCUUUUUGUAUCAACCAUUGGUGAAACAAACUAACUUUUUUUUAGAUUUAGAAGGCUAUAGACCCUGAUAACUUAUUGAAAACCGCAGCAAUAUGUUCACAAAUUAACUCUUCAAUUUUCGAAAAUAUUUGUUAUAAUGAUCCAUCAAAUAUUUUUUGCUGGCGCGCGAUUGGUCUGAACGGAGCACGUGACCAAAUAUCCCCCAACUUCACCCAAGCGAUAUUCCGCAAUUUUUAAACCUUACGUCCACAAGGAAAAGUCUUCGUAUCAAAUUUAAUUCAAGAUGAGAGAGGGUUUGGUACUGUUACAGAAGAUGGGAAAUCUUUUUUUGUUCAUAAAGUCGUACCAGACAACACUCAAAAGAAAACAUCUCCGCUGCAUAUACAGUAAGCUGUUCGUACACAUUUUUCCCGCGCGUUGCAAAAUAUUUGAAGGAUAAUAAACAUAAUAGCCUCUAUUUGCGCGAAAAUAUGUAUGGAUAUUUGUGCGCGGACAUUAUCUGCUUCGCUCUCGGAAAACUGUUUGCAUCUUGCAACAAAUGAUAUCCGCGGACAAAUAUCCACAUAUUUUCCCGCCAAAUAAAGGCUAUUUUUUAUAUUUGAUUGGAACUUUGAACAUGAUUUCAAGCCUGGAGUUUCCUUUUUUUUCGCUUUUGUUGUCGUUGAUGUUGUUACCGUGUCCCCUUGUUUAGACUUCGGAGUUAUAGUUGAAGUUGUGAGAAUAAACACUCUUCAACAAAUGCUAGUAUCAAUUCGAAAGUAGCAGAAAGAGGAAGUAUAGAAAAAAUUGACUCGUGCAAAUAUGAAUGGUGUUGAAAAUUACCCAAAUGUCUUGACUCGGAGCAGAAAGAUAUAACUAAGACUUUGUAGUUUCAGCAUUGCUGUUUAUGCUCACUAUUUUCUGAAAUUUCGGGAGCUUUAAAUGAAAGGAAAUUUAACAAAAAAUUCCAUCAGUAAUGCCUUUCAUGCCCACUAUUUCCAGCAGUCCGGAUCUGCAACGAAAGAAAUUAAACCUGAAAAAUUCUUACAGCUGAAGCUGCGAGCACUGCUUUGACCAAAAAAAUCAAAACCCACAAUAAAUAUGAAAGAUACAGAUGGUAAAUUUCUAAGGCAAAUUACGAAUAUUUGGCACUGAUUAAGUGAAAUGACAGACUUUUAAAAACAACUUCCAUCAUAUUUUUUCAAACCGUGGAUGAAACCAUACGCUGGGUCAGUAGUUCAGAUGUUCAUACUCUACCAACAAGGGGCACAUAUAUAGUUGCGCCUGCAGUCCCCUGCUUUCAGCGGUACCUUGUCGUCAGAGAGCCAGAUCAGGAGGACUUACAAUCUUGAGUUUCAAAGUCUAUAAUGUAACGAUCUGGAGAGUGCUAAAUAUUCUAACGAUUAUACAGGACAAAUUCAUCGUUGCUCAGCUGUUAUAUUUACAACUUUUGCAGAAACUUGUGCGACUCGUUAACAGGAGUCUCCAUUCACUACUGAUACCUUUGAACAAUGAAGUAUUUUUUCGUAUUCUUUAUACGUGUUGAUAAGAGAUCAUGCCAUCAUGGAUAUGCCAAAGCCUUUUUUCUUUGAUUAUCUGCAACACCAUGCCUUACCUACAGUACAUAAGGUGCCAAAUCAUCACGUAUGAGCUUUGAUUUUCUUUGCCCGAGGCAACUGAAAAAUAGCAACUAUGAAUCACUGAAAGUGGUAGACUGAAUUUCAGCAGUACUCCAAGCGGUGGGAUCCUGGAGAAUGAAAGGCUGCACGAAAUAUGAUAUUUCGCCACGAAAACUUAAAAGUUAAACCGAGAAACGUUUUUCUAGUCACAUGGAAGCACAUAGAUUGCUAUAGGGGCAAAGUAACUGAUAUGAUUCGGUUAUCAGGCUACACGCUCUAUUUACGUUACUAUUUGGACGAACUAACAUUAAUACUCCUCCUACUGCUGCUGUUGUAAGGUGCCUUUUCAAAAACUGAAUCUUUUUCUGUAAUUGAACUUUGGAGACGUUAGAUAUUUCUAUUUUAAGAUCUAAACGGCAAAUAAACAUUCCUGUCGUUGUGAACCUGAAAUUCAGAUGGAACAAGCUUUUGUUACUGCAGUAUGUGAAUUGAGUGCUCUGUUUACAUUCAGCUUAUGUCCUUAUACACUGCAUUGAAUCACUCUCAUCAGCGAUCGUCCGCUAUUUAUUUAUCUACUGAUUUAUUCAUAUUGUUGUCUAUUUAUUCACUUCAUUUUUAAAUACUAUCCUGAUUAGAUGCCUGACUGACGGACGGGCGGACAAAUUGAUUGAGAGAUUGAGAGAUUGACUCACGAACUUGCGGCUAACUGAUACACUGACGAAAUAACUUACUGACUGACUGACCACAUGAAUGACUGACUUAUUGACCAAAUGACUUAGUGACCGAUUGAAUAAUUGAGUGGCUGACUAACUGACCCACUGACCAGCUGAGUGUUUCACUGGCUGACUUUGUUUGAAGAUUUCUGACCGCUGGCUGAUUAGUUGACCCAUUAAAUGAUAGACCGACGGACUAACCUCCAAUUGAAUGCCAUGCGGAAUGUUUUACUGACUGACUGAUUGGCCAAUCGAGUAACUGCCUAACUGACUGACUGGCUCCUCGACUAAUUGCCUGAAUGACCCACUCGCUAACUUUAUUACCGAUUGAAUGACUGAUUAAAUGACUGUUUGACUGCCUGACUUACUGACUAAAUGACUCUUUAACUGAUUGACUGUCUGACUGACUGACUCAUGGAAGUGCUGCUUGACUGACUGAUGAAAGGAUUGUUUGACUGACUGACUGACUGACUGAUGGAAGGACUGUUUGACUGACUGACUGACUGAUGGAAGGACUGUUUGACAGACUGAUUGACUGAUGGAGGGACUAAAAGGGUACGUUUCUAAAGAAACUAUGGUGCUGCGUCGGUGGGAGAGUAUAGCAGGUAAUUUAGUGUUAACAACUGAGUUGAAACGUCAGUCGCUCUGACGAAGGGCUAACGCUCGAAACGUCAGCUUUUUUACCCUUUACGGUGGCUAAUUUACGUUUUCAACUCAGUUGUUAACACUAAAUUACCUGAUGGAGGGACUGUUAGACUGACUGACUGAUUUGGGGACUGUUUAACUGACCAACUGUAGAACUGUUUGAGUGACUUGGUGUGUUUCUGACUGAGUGACGGAAGGACUGUUUGACAGACUUAGUUUGUUUCUAAUUGACUGACUGCCUAAAUGGAUGACUGACUGAAUGAAAGAGUAGCUGACUGAGUCACCGGCUGUUUAGCCGACCGAGGGGCUCUGGUGCUUCUGGUUCUUUUUUUAAGAUUUUUGCAUUCACCCGCGCACUGCUUUUCAAGGAGAGUUACAUUUCAUUUGGUGUAAAACUUUACACACCAAUUUAGUUUUCGUUCCACCUUGCGUCAGAUUGUUCUAAUAGAUCGAUAACAAAUGUCUUUGCAACGUUUCCUAUGAAGAUGUCGCAUGUCUCUUCUUGCUAAUAAUUAAACUUUGCUCUUGGCGCCAUUAUUGUUUCCUCAGUCUCGUGUUUGGUGAGAUAUUUGAUCGUUUUACAGUUUGUGCUGGUUCGGUUAUCGUUAUUCAAUCUUUAGUAAAAUAAAUUGAAAAAUAAUGAAAUUUCGUUUUUACAAAACAUUUGAAUUACGUUAUUUGCAUUAGAAAACGGCUGAAUGGCGCUCGGCAAAUUCAAUUCUCGCUCUUUGCUGUUUUCCGACACUUAAGUCGUAAAUUUGUCAUAUUUAAAGUUUGCGUAAUCAUGAAGUUUUCCAUAUAUCCAUUAAAUAAAUAUGAAAGUAUGCAUGCGUCCUGCAAGAAGAUUCGGGCAUAAGAUUUCAUUAUUGGAGACAGACUCGCGUUCAUAGUUUAACUCUGUGAAAGCUUUUCUGUUAAUGACAAGAUGGUCACUUUCUUGGAAAUGUCAUCCGAAACUUGUUUAAGUGUGUUUUGUGAUAAGGUUGUUAAAUAGCUGUUUGUAAAACUACAGCACUUCAGGUCCGGGCGGAGCAAGGUUUUGCGCAGGAUCUUAAUGGGACAGUGCUGUAUUUGUCGACGCUAUUAUCUUGAACCAUGAUGUCUAGAGAAAGAAGUUCUUUCUUGCACUUUGGAGAUCGAGAGUUUUCGCGUUGGUUUAAUUUUACCUGGGAAGGUAUGAUAAAAAAGAAAAAAAGAAAACCAGCAUAAAGGUUUUUUCGUUUUUUUUUCCUGCUAAUACCGUGUAGCUUUGCCAAAACAAUCUUUGUAAAUAGACAAUAACUUUGUGCUUUUUACUAUUGCGAACUCUCGCUAAGAACACCUUUUGAUUUCAUUUUUGUCCUUUGAAUAGAAAAAGGUCAUCGUAGAUUUGUGCAUCAUCAGAUUAGAACACACUGCAUACGUUAAUAUCGUCGAAUGAUCAAACUCUUGUUCAAGUUUUAUCGUGCAAACGGCUUUGUAAUUUUUAUCAUCCUGUAAAUCUUCAUCACUUCCUGUUUUCUCUUCAUUGCUUAUCCACUAAAGUAAAUUUUUUUCUUGGUUCCUUUCUUUAUAAAGUCUGUUCUCUAAUUCACAGAAGGAUGAUUCAAAACGUGAGGUAAUUCUCUAAGGGUUUCGUUUUCAUUUUACCAUUUUAUCAAUUCUUUUCAUUUUUGCGUGUUCAUUGCCUAUUCUAUAAAGCUGACACUUCCUUUUUGGCUUUCUUCUUUGCAAAGUCUGCUCUAUUAUUAGAAAAAAAAAUCAUUCAUAGCGUGAGGUAACUCAUUAAAGGUUUCUUUUACAUAUUACCCUUUUACCGAUUCCUUUCAUUUUUGCGUCUUCACUGCUUAUCCACUAAAGCGGAAAUUUCCUUCUUGGCUUUCUUCUUUUCAAAGUCUGUUUAACUAUUCGCAGAAAAAACGAUCUGAAACGAGAGGCGACAAUUAAAGUUUCCUUCCAUUUUACCAAUAAUCGAUGUGUUGUCAUGGUUUGCCUACACUUUUUCCUAACUUUCCUCUCAUCUUAAAAUUUCGAUUCGCUCCCUACAUUAGAAAGGCUCUUAGUGUUUUAACCAUUUGAUUGGGCAAGAUAUCUGCGCUUGUCACGAGCGUAAAACAAAGUAAAUUCUGAGACCCCAUGAAGAAUUGAACCUCAGACCUUCAGAUUCCUCGCUUCUAUUUUCUACCACUGAGCCACAGAGAUUCUACGGUGAGCCAUGCCAUUACUAAAUUUGAUUCCUAGUAAGGACUCAGAAUCGUUUCUUUGUUCUACAAGACGAAUGAGCAUCUUUCUCUUUUCACCAUCUUCCUCUCUAUAACAUGAAACAACCUUUUUUUGCAGCUUGUGAGGUGUGUGGUGAUCGUUCCACUGGGAAACAUUAUGGAGUGUACUCAUGCGAUGGGUGCAGUGGCUUCUACAAAAGAACGUCCCGACGAGCGGAGCCCUGGCUGUGCAAAGGCCAGGGACAUUGUCCGGUGGACAAAAGCAGUCGCAAUGACUGUAAAGCUUGCCGGCUCAAGAAAUGUGUCGAGAUCGGCAUGAAUUUAGACGGUGAGUUUUGGACUAAUUUGUAGUCCGCUUGCAUAGAAACGAAUGAUACUCUUCGUGAUCAAACAAAAUUUACAAUAAGCGUCUUUUCAAUUCCACCUAACAUUUGGGCAGACUAUGUUCGUCUCUCGUUUCUUAGUACCUGUCGUCUUUCAUUUUUCUUUGCUAAGCGCUUCGCUUUGAAACAUCUCUCAAAAAUGUUUCGUUAUUGAAUUGAUAUUGAGAAUCUGGUUAAGGUGUUCAGAGGGGUAACAGAGUUUUACCAGUAUUUCUGAAACUCGUAGAGAAGGGUCAAAGAAAUCAAAAUGUGAUAACGCAAAUGCCCCUUUUUUAAGUGACUAAAGACGAAAAGUUUGAGAAAACCCCUCUACUUUGUGUAGCUCGAUCAGAAACUUGUUUCGAUCGAAACGGUUGCUAUCUGUGUAUUUGUGUAUCUAAAGAUGAACGAAAAAUGUGGCGUAUUUGUUCAGUUUUCGCUUAAAUAAUUCUAACCGAUCAUAUUGUUGUUUAAAAACUUAGAUUUGUACGCUAUUCAGGUGCGUGUUAAGCGAAUUUAAUAGUAUGUUUUAGUCUCAAUAAUUUUCCAUUUAAGUGGGAUUUUUUGGUGACUUUCUGGUUAUUGAUUCCGUUCAUAAAAAAAAUAAUGAAUUCUCCGCUGAUUUGAAGCGCUUGGAUUUGAUAGAUUUACUUAUGUCUUCACAAGAUUCAUGCUCCUUUCAUUGUGGGCAUUUUGGCUGGCGGAAUGAAUAAAUUAAGCAAUGAAUCAAUCAUUGUAGUUGAAUCAAAGCUUACUGUUGCCAUUAUGAGUGAGUGUUAAUGCACACACUUGAUGUCUCUGUUCUUUCUUCAGAGCACGGUUUUAUUCUAUCACCCUCUGCUUUUAAGUAAUUAGUACUAUUCACUUAUUUUUUGGUUUUAUAUGUGAAAGGCUGGUGACAGCUGUUCCCAAGUCUUGUUUAAGUGGCACGGAAAGUGUGAAAUAUGAAACUACAGAAGAUAUAGAAUGAACACAUUCAUCUUAUCUUUAAUACAAGAUAAAAAUGGAAAGCGGAAUCUCUCUUGUUCGAAACUUAAUGUAAUGACUUCGCGCAUUUUACCCCUAACUUACGAUCCGCAGAAGGUAGUUUCAGGCUUCGAAACCAUGCAAAAUCAAUGAAGGGAAGAUUUAAAAAAUACUUUAAUUAUGGUCUUCAUGUUAAGUCGAUUUCAAGCUGACUUUCAUUUUCGUGAGCGCUACAGAUUAGCACCUAAGAGUAGGCGUCAAAGCAAUUUCCUUUUCUAUAAAACUACAAUUUGCAGCAGGGAUUGUGAUUUUAAGACCUCGAGGAUAUAGUCUUGAUAGCCAUUUGAUUUUUAAUGAUUUGUGUUAUAACAAUGGUAUUUAGUUUCCUCUGAAGCUAUACAAAAGUGAAUCUCCUGCUUCAACACAAGGUUUCUUGUAAGAUGUUACUUGAAGGGUGGAACGUUACGAGAGAAGGAACUCUUCACAUCAUUAACCACCUUGCACUAAAUUUCCCCCACACCAGCAUGCAAGAGACCUCAAUACUGAUCUUAUCCUCUAUGAGACACGCAAACAUCAUUGUGUUUAAAGACUUGACGAUUCAAAGCCAGUCAUAUAAUCUUCCUUAAAGGACCCUUGGCCUUAAUUUUUUUACAUGCUGUUUAGAUCGUUAUUCCUUUCAAAAUCGUAGCUUCGUCAAAGAAGAGCACUCAAGCAAAGAUGUGAUCCUCGUAGGUGGACUGCAAUUUUAGUUAUUACAUAAAGUUGCUUGAAAAAAUUCAGGCUUUGACGGGUUUCGAAUUUGUCCCAUCCCUCCCAUCCCUCGCGGAUACUAGUCGGGCGCAAUUUCCUAAACUGAGCUACGAAGCCUCCGUUUGGGAGCGAGGCAAACUCUCGAAUUUUAGUUGGAAGUUCACUGGACACUGAUGUGGUGACUGAAUUAAACUGUAGAGUGAAAUUCAACUGAAUUUUUUUGCGCCUUAGAGUUCCUGUACAAGCAUGAUAUCAUAUUAUUCCCGAGAGAAGUACUUUGAAUUUCGUCGACUUUCAUUUGUUCAGUGCUUUUUUGCAUUUUCCUAAUCAACAGUCCCCAUUAUAAUAUUCUCUCCACUGCAUUGUUUUUUUUCCAUAUUAAAAGAAUAUUUAUGAAGUAAGUGAUUUGGAUUUUUAGUAGAGACAUCGACAGUUUGGUAGAUUUUUGAACUAUAGUGUAUUCAAUUGAUUAUUUUCAAACUACAAAAAAAAAUCAAAGAAACAUAACAUGGUUACAAAUGUAAAAACGAUCAAGAAAAGACAACAAAAGCGCGACAAAUUUAGCGCACAGAGUAAGUACUUACUUAACGAAACUUCUACUCUUAGACCAUUCAAAGAGUCCCACAGAGGAUAAUUAACUAAAAUAUUUCGUAGCGGUAUGAUAAUGUGCAAUAUGCAAAACAGGGGGGCAGUUUCUGACGAAACUGUAGUGCUGCGUCGGUGGGGAAUGUUGCAAGACAAUUUGGUUUUAUAGCCUGAGUUGAUGAUGUAAAUUUGCCACUAUAAAGAGUUUCUAAACCUUAGGUUUCUGGUGAUAGCCCUUCGUCAAAGCAAUUUGAGUGAUAUUUUAUGGCAGACUCCAUACUGGGGCUUAUUUUCGGUUGUGACAACAAACUAUUAAAAUAUCUCGUCUGGGCCUUAAAUUGUGAUUAUUAACAGAAGGAUUUCUGUCCUUCACAGGUGUGUAUCGCCGUUCAAGAUUGAGUGAAGAACUUAUUCAAUCACCUCCUUUAGAUGGUUCAGCAGUCAAUGCACAGAGUGACAUGCGCAUUGAGGGGUCACCAUCGCCGGAAGCUCUCGGUAAGUUACUUCAUUGUUGUUGUUAGUGGACAGUCUCUUCGUGCAUCUUUCGUGCUUUCCAAACUUCCUGCGUGCUUCAUAUCUCGAUGAACCCACGCUGACGUAUGAACCAAUUGCUAAUUAAUUCAUAGUAUAUUUGUUCCUUCUCUCUUACGCUAAAAGCUUCCUUAUUGGUUUUAGGUUUUCCUGUUGCGACCUCGCAAAUAAGGCUUGCUCAAAUAAAAACAGUAAUGGUUAAAACAGAAGAGCAGCCAAAUCAACAACAGCAGCAACUUACAGAACAGCAAAAAAAUACAGAAGAACAGCAACAUACCACAGAAGAUAUUCAGAAAGCACCCUCAAGUCCGAAAUCUUACGACGAAACACGAGACGACGAAGUUGUCGCUCGGCAACCAAACGGAAAUCCUUCGGAAAAUAACAACCACUACAGCCCAAUCCAUCGGGCUUCUCCUUACACCACCCCACUGACGUGUUCACCCAUUCCUAGCCCUGUCAGGGUGUCCUUAACUGUACAGGGGAGUGGCACAAACAUCCGUCCUGGUUUAUCCACAACACCACUCUCUUCGCAAAGAUUCCAUUCCCCUAUAUCGUCAAUUCAUCAGAACGGAUACCAGGGUUCAACCGCCUCCUUUCCUAAGCUGCCUAACGGAGACGCUGCUAUCAACAACCAUCGAAUGACAUCCACGGCUCUUGUGUCUUUCAGGAACGUCCAAAGGCACUUAAAGCCCUCGCAGAUAGGCCUAUCAGAGCUCCAUCAGGCGGUGGAACCUCUUUCGUUUCACACCUCUGAGCCUCUCCAUGACGCAGCUGUACGUCUUCUAUCGGUGUCACUGAGGUUUGGUCGCAGACUUCCUUGCUUCAGGCGCCUGCCUUUUCGUGACCAAGUUAUCCUUUUGGAAGAAGGAUGGAGAGAAAUGUUGCUUCUGGAUUCAGUUUUCUGGAUGCUGUCACCAGGAGGUGUUACUGAGGCGGAGAGCAAUCAGCGACGUGAACAAGAAUUUAAGAACAUGCAAGAGGCUCUUAUGCCUUUGAAAUCACUAAAGUUGGACAGCUCUGAGUACGCAUGUCUUAAGGCUAUCAUCCUCUUCAGGACAAGUAAGUUAGCACUUCGUUAGCUUGUUGGAGGUGAGGUGGAGGGAAGGGGUAUUGUUUCGUUUAUACCGUCUUAUAUUGCAAAAGAGUUCUGUUGUUUUAAAUUCGCAAUCGCUUACUUGAGAAAGAAUGAUAUUUAGGAAGAUAGAUAUAAGUUCUCUAAAAAGCUUCAUGUGAUCAACUCCUUGCUUGAAAUUAGCUUUAAAAAAGUCUGUGUAUCAGUAAACGUCCAUCUGUUCUUGACUUAAGGUUUUCCAUUGAAGUUUUGUCCAUCAAAGGAAUAAUUGACAUGAAAGGGAUUUUAUGACGGAAGGGGAGUUUAGGCUGCUGCAUGGUGGAAUUAAUUAGCAUAACAGUACUAAGUACAACAAAUGAUAUACGAUGUAACGCAGAAGGCUGCACUUGAGGGCGAAGAUCAUUUGAAGCAUCAUCGCCACCUGGAGAUUAUGGGAACAGACAUUGUAUGACCCUGGCUGAGGGAGCUUUAUAAAGAUUUCCUCUUAUGAUUUGAAAUAUCCACAUUUUGGAAUUUUGGGAUAUCAAUUUAUAUCUUUGAAAAUUCAUGUACUUUCUGCUAAGUGAGAACCAGUCGCCCGGGCUGCUUUCCUCUUGCAUGCGAAAGUUCUGGCCUAGCCUGUUCUAGGCACACAGUCAACGGAUACGAGCGGAAUAGGGGGUGAACAAAGAAGUUUUGUGGAUUUCGGAGGUUUGAUGGCCUCCUUGUUUGUUUCAGUUCGACAUUCCCGCUAUGCUUCGACCACUCGCUGUAUAUUUCGUCUUCCCUGUGACUGCUACAACAAGCAUUCCUGUAUUCCCUAAAUGUCUUUUCUUUUAAAUCUGUUUCAUGUGUUUCUUGGCAGAUAUUCAGGGUCUUAAAGCAGCAGAUCAAGUCGAAGAACUUCAAGACGAGGCUCAGCUUAUACUUGCAGAUUACAUUUGGUCCAGACUUCCGGCUCAACCGGCUCGCUUUGGUAAAAUACUUCUGAGUGUGGCUGCUCUGCGCAGUCUCGCCGAAAAACCAAUUGAACACUUGUUUUUCAGUUCUGUUCCCGCCAAAGACAUGUUUGAGUCCAUAUUAUCACAAGUGAUAAGUUCUAACUGAAUGGUUACUGAGGAAAUUGACGUCCUUUUCUUCUCCAGAUGUAGGGUUAGAGUUUCGCAUGCCUGAUUUUAAGGCUAACUGGUUUUAUAUACGAGUAAAGUAAUUUAUCUUGAGUUUUCUUGCAGUAAGUAACGCUUAUAGAUAAGAUUUUCCAGACAUCUUGUCCGAGCAACCAACCAGCCAAAUAAUCAGGAUUACAGGAUAGAAAGGUUCUGCCAUAAUCUUUAUCGUUCGUGUGGUCGAGUUUUAGACGAGGAUAUUGCUCUUUUAUGUUACUGUGGGAAAUAAAUUGCUAAAAGAAUAAUUUUUAACCUAUUAUACGGUGACAUGCGGAAAAUAAUACAAUCGAAUGUUUUGUGAAAACCGAAACGGUCAGGAGAGAAUUUCUGAGUACUAUGAGCGCGUAACGAAGGGCGUGGUGGCUGUCAUGAAAGUGCAAUCUAACGAACUGCAUCUCAAAAGGUGCUUCGAACUGUGCUGGGAUGAAAUUUGCUCCACUAUAUUUAAUAAAGAGAGGGGACAACCUCGUUUUCUGAACUUUCCAGCUCUAAGGUGUCUUUAAUUUUUGUGUAAUAAUCAUUUUCAGUGUAAAUUUAGUCAGCGGGAAACGUUUUUAUU